CCGGGAAAAGCUGCUAGCAUCAUCACGUUGGCCUCGAGCUAGGGUCUCGCGUGAGGUCUCGAGCCUGUGCCUUCGCCACCGCUCCGAAAAGGGAAAGAAGAAAAGAAAGAAAAUAUCGUCGGUUGUAUCGGCGAGGAAGGCGGACGGCAGCCGCACAGCAGCGAUGCUCGUCAGAGCUGAUGCUCGACGGUGAGGAUCGGCUUUGACGCUGUAGUCACUGCAGGGAAGCCCAUCGCCGGGUGAAGCACUUGGGAGGCCGCGCGGUUCGGAUCGUCUCGACAGUUAGGUCGUGAGACCUCGACGACACGCUCCAACAUGAAGAUCGAGAACCUGCUCGUGCGGCAACUCAUCAACGAGUUCCUCGGAACGCUGGUGCUGGUUUUACUCGGCGAUUCCGUCUUGGCUAUCAUCAUUGCGGCUGACAACGAGUCCAUCGCCGCUGUCGUGGGACCGUUAGGCUGGGGCACCGCCAUCUACGUGGCCGUCCAAAUCGCCGGAGGUGUCACAGCACACCUGAAUCCUGCCGUAACGCUGGCCCUGGCGUCGGUGCGCAAGUUCCCGAUCGCCAAAGUGCCACUUUUCUUCGCGGCCCAGUACCUGGGCGCCUUCGUCGGCGCAGCUCUCGUGUUCGUCACGUACAAAGAUUUGAUCGACCAUUUCGACGAUGGAGUCCGCCACGUGAUGGGAGCGAAGGCUACGGCCGCAAUAUUCGCUACUUACCCGAAACCACAUGUCAGCACUUUGACCUGCUUCAUCGAUCAGGUGAUCGCUACGGGCAUACUCACGCUGAGCGCAGAGGCGAUCACCGACCCCCGCAACUUCGGCGGGAUUCCCGUGUCCAUGCACCCAAUCUGCCUGGCCCUCAUGAUCAUGUCCCUCAUCUUCAGCUUCCCCUACAACUGUAUGUGCCCACUCAACCCCGCCAGGGACAUCUCGCCACGGCUGUUCACCCUCAUCGCUGGAUGGGGCCCCGAGACGUUCACUCUCCGCGGCGGGAACUACGUGUGGGUUCCCGUGCUCGGCCCUCACAUCGGCGCCAUCUUGGGCGCGUGGCUGUACAAGGUGGCUAUCGCGGACCACUGGCCCGACAAGCCGAAGCCAACCGUCUCAAAGGAGUUGCCCGUCCCUGACGUGGCCGUGGUGGAUGGAAAGAAACCAGCCGCCGUUGCUGCACCGCCUCCUCCUGCUGCUGCAGCACAGGCUCAGGCUUCGCCUCAGACUGCGGUUCGUCAGACCUCCGAUAUCGAGGCCGGCACUCCUAGGAAGAGCCCGUAGCGACAGCGACCCAUUUCGUUGUGCGCAUCCGACCUCAUAUACCAGACGGCAGGGAGGUCAAGGACGAUCUGGUGGAGACCCUGUACAAGGUCGACGGCGAGAGGCUGGUGGUCGAGCUCGAACCGUCCCAGCCGCAGAAGCUGUGAGACCUCGUGCGUGCCCCCACUAUCUACAGUACCGCCGAAGCGGCGCCGAACGGCUAGCGUUACGUCUUUGUUGGCCCCCGUGGACCAACAGGUGUCGCUUCGAUGGUGGUGUUCGUCCCCUCUAAACACAACGCAAGCCGUUCGCCACUCUUUUGUACCCAUACUCACGAGCUAUCCUUCCGAACGAGCCCUGGCGGCCCUGUCAUCAAGAGCUGCAUGUUCCCGUGGACUGAUGGUGGCACGGGAAAGUCAGAAGACGCGCGAGGCGCGCGAGCGCGCGGCAUUUCAGUUACACCAGAAGGGUCGUCAUGACUGCUGGUGUCACGCAUGUCGCAAGGUCUUUUUCAGGGUGUAUUUUGAGUGUUUCGAACCCUACGCAAUACGAGACUACUACGGAUGCUUCUAAACAAAAAAGCUAGGAGCCGGAAGGUAGAAAUGGUUUCGUAAUAAAUGGAAUAAAUCAGGUAAAGCGCUGCAGACAUGUUGGC